ACUAGGUCCUGAACCUGCUAGUUGUGCAGUACGGAGACGGUAAUAGUUCACGUCAAAGCUAUUCUUCUGUUAAGCGACACUACGAACAGCCCCUUGUAACGGUUCUCUAUUCGCGGAACAUUUAGUAGUACCAGUAAGAAGAGAACGCAUCUGCGCACCCCAAGGCAUUUUCGGUAACUAAUAUAUAUUUGCACUUUUAUUCCUUCGGUAAAGACAAAUUACAUACUCGUGUUUCGACACAAUGGAACAAACAGGACUUCCCGAGUUUUGGGUGGUGAAGCUUUCUCGCUCUCGUAACCGUCCUUACUAUUACAAUACGAAGACUGCCGAGUCAUUGUGGGAACCACCUCAAGGAACAGACCUGAAUUUGCUCAAGAAAUACAUUGCCACCAAGUUCCGUAUGACGGAAUCCAGUUCAGGAAACGCACCUGCUGGCUCUUCUCCGGCAAAAAUUCGCGUGCAGCAUCUUCUCGUUAAGCACAAUCAAAGUCGUCGGCCGAGUUCGUGGAAGGAAGCAAACAUCACUCGUUCUAAGGAGGAAGCGUAUGCAUUGGCUAAAAACUUCCUUCAGCAACUUCGCUCCGGUGCUGUCACCAUGUCGGAAUUGGCUUCGCGUGAGUCUGAUUGCAGCUCUGCUAAGCGUGGGGGUGAUCUGGGUUUCUUCGGCCGCAAUGAGAUGCAGAAACCAUUUGAAGAUGCUGCAUUUGCCUUAAACCCCAAUCAGUUCAGCGACAUUGUCGAGUCUAGCAGUGGAUUCCACAUUAUCCUGCGAACUGCGUAGUAAACAAGGCAUAAACAGCGUGGAUGACACGAACUGUGAUACCGGUUAAACCUUUCUAGGAAAAUGUAGUUUAAAAAAUUAUAUUAUGAUAACUAAAUCAGCUACGAGACGAA